AGUGACUUAAAGUUGAGUGGACUCUAACAGGGACUAUUUCUUAAGCGCUGCCAAGAUGACAUUACAAUUUAAAGAUGCCUUUUGGGGAGCGGACUUCAUCAGUAAUAUUGGGUAUGAGACUAUCAUUCAGAGACUAAAUGAUGGUCGACGGACAUGCAAAGACAUGGAGGAGCUCUUGAAAAUGAGGGCAUCAGCAGAGGAGAAAUAUGGCAAGGAGCUGAUCUCAAUUGCACGCAAGGCUGGGGGUUUAUAUGAGAUCUGCACUUUGAGAACAUCCUUUGAUGAAAUGAAAACACAAAUUGAAAACAUAGGAAACUUGCACAUUCAGCUGUCUGGCCUUCUAAAGGACGAGGUUAAGAGAAUGGAGCAGUUCAGAGAGCGACAGAAAGAACAGAGAAAAAAGUUUGAGGUCAUCAUGGAGAAGGUCCAGAAGACAAAAGUCUCACUCUAUAAGAAAACAGUAGAAUCUAAAAGAUCCUAUGAGCAGCGUUGCAGGGAGGCGGAUGAGGCAGAGCAAACUGCUGAAAAGAUGGGUAACGCUACCACAGCCACUCCCAAACAGAUUGAGAAGAUGAACAACAAAUCUAGACAGUGCAGAGAAGCUGCAGAAGAGGCAGAGAAACAGUACAUAUCAAACAUUGAACAGCUGGAUAAGAUCCGUCAAGAAUGGGAAUCAACACACAUCAGCACAUGUGAGAUGUUUCAGCAGCAGGAAGAAGACCGUCUUAGUGUGCUAAGGAAUGCUUUGUGGGUGCAUUGUAACCAUUUAUCAAUGCAGUGUGUGAGGGAUGAUGAGUGCUAUGACGACGUGAGGAAAACACUGGAAAAAUGUGACAUCAUCACAGACAACAACUGCUUUGUGGAGAUGAAACGCACUGGCUCAACCCCCUCAGGUCCCAUUGAAUACCAAAAUUACUAUGAGAGGGAUGCAAGAGCUGAUAGAAAUGGAAGUGCUGGAUUCGUUGGAGGAGUCAUGAAAAGGUUUUCGAAUCUCCUGCAGGGGAACUGUUCGAGUGGCUCAAAAACAAGCAUCAAUGAAGCAGUUGCACAACCUACUGGUGAACCAUCAGAAGGAGUUUAUGCUUCCAUUCCUGGAUUUCAUGGGUCCCAACUGAGCACGGAGGAGUACAAGGCUGUGUAUGACUAUGUGGCCCAGGGGGAAGACGAGCUCUCUGUAUCUGCUGGGGAUGUUGUGACUGUCACCGAUCAAGGUGAGGACGGCUGGUGGAUGGUGCAGAGGAACGGCCUUACUGGAUUGGUUCCAGGCUCGUAUCUUGCCAAAGAAUGAUUUUACCUUGCCAUACACAGGACUGUAUGAAUACUAAGUUUCCUCAUGUAAUAUUGUUUUGUAAAUAUUCUGUCAUUUCAAGUUGCCUCAUAUAGUUAAAUCUUAUGUGCUGCUUAUAAUUCUGUUACAUGCAUAAUUAAAGCCCCUGUGUGAAGGAUUUGAAAGGAUUUGCCCAUGAGAUCCUGAGAAUGAAGGACUGAAAGCAACACAAAGCCUUCACCACAUUCACAGGGAUUGUUUUUCAACAAACAAAAAUUCAUGCACUCAAACUAAUUUCAAAGAUGCUAUUAUAAAAAUCUUCACAUAGGGGCUUUAACAUACAGUGGCAUGUGACAUCAUUUAUUGUGCUGGCUAAAAUGGCAAACAUAUUCAUAUUACUUUGCCCUUACUGCUGGUGUGGUGAGUGCUCCUCAUUCCAGUGACAGCUGGGGGAUUUACUCAUCUGUCACAGAAGGUCACUGCACUAAACGUAUUCAUAUACUCUGGUAUUCUUCUUUAUUUGACGUCCUAAAUGUUGGGCAGAAUGUUUGAUUUCUAUUAUUGGCCUGUAUAUAUUAUUUCUGAGUAAUUCUUGUUUGUAUUCUGAUACAGAAUAUUUGUUUGCGCAUGAGCAUACAUUGUAUUUAUUCAAUAUGAAAGACAAAUACUCAGGUUUUUAUUUGUUUUUUUAAGUACAUUUUUUAGUACAUUGUUACUAUCCCCCUCAGCAGCUUUGCCAGAGGUGAGUGUCAUUUGACCUUGAAAGAAAGCUAAUUAAUAAAACUAUUUGGCAUAUGAUGAAACCACAUAACAUUUAUUUUAUCUACCUUAUGACUCAUUUAUUGUAGUAAAGGUUAUUCUUAGAAUAAGACCAGACUAAAACAAUCCAACUACUCUUGGGUCAUAUGACUGAGUGGUCUGAGCUCUUUGGUCCAAAGGUAUCUGGUUACUCUGCAGCGGGUGAUGCAUUGCUAACUCUGUGUCUAUCAAGUUACUGAGGCUGGAAAAAGAGUAGCCAAAGCUGAGUCCUGUUACCAACAUUUUAAGUGUGUAUGAGGGUCCACAAUGGUCACAAGAUGUUAUAGAAGCAGAUAUAACUAGAUCUGGUGAGUCAAGUAAGUUAAAAUAAACAUGUGUCAGCUGAUGGUAACCUACUUAAAAGUCUAGAAGAUAAAGCGAAAGCUAGACAAAGCAUAAAAGAUUAGACACAAACCAAACCAUUCCACCAAAUGUGUGAACCCCUUACACCCCUCCCUCAUGGGAAACACCCGAACUUUUGACCUUUCUUUACAAGGACCAAGUUGACUUGUUCUUCCACUGACAACAGCCCAUGAAUAUGGGCUUUGUCUGGAGGUAUUUUAAAAAAUUCAGCAAUCUCAUUGAAUAUCUGUCAGGGAAAUGAAAAACAUAAAUCAGAUUACACACUCAUUUGAUUUCAAACUUUCCCCUCACAUUUUAUUUACAUUCUUGAGUAUUGCCGUUGCUACAUAUCAACAAAUCAAAUUCUAAAACUACACUCAGUGGACAAAAACAAACAAAACCCCUAUAGGACAAGUCUAUAUUGAGAUUACAAGGUCUGAUUCUUAAAGGAAAGAUCAGAUGAGCAAAAGCCAGUUGAAUAACAUAGUUUUACACACAAAAACCUGCUGUGACAUCAACUUGAACUAUGGUGUCCACUAUUUCUUUACAGAAUACUGCAAGGUGUCAACCCAAACUGAGCAGUAGUAGUAGUAGUAGUAGUAGUAGUAGUAGUAGUAGUAGUAGUAGUAGCAGUAGUAGUGAUAGUGGAGGUACAGGGUAAAAUUAUACACAGAUACAAGUCUUUCAUUCAAGUACAUGACAGAUUUAAAUAUGAAAUAUUCAAAGCCAUACACAUAGUGCAAAAUAAUAUGAGGAAAUUACCCUGUCCACGUUAAACUCCAUACAGUACAUGACUAACAAGGUUUGAGUUUGGUAAAAAAUGUCACCCUCAUGUCAUCCUCUGAGCAACAGAAUGCUUUCAACAUCUCAUUCUCAUUGACCGUUUAACAGUUUGGCCAACAGCUUUUGGGAAAAAACAAA